CUGCCUGUGUGACUCUACCGCUGUCCAAAACAGAGGGGCUUUUUUUACCCUCUCGCAGAGCAGCAUCUCUUAGCAUAUCUGCAAAUCCUGACAAAGGAACAGAGAGAGAAAAAAAUAUCAAGACAUUUUUGUAUCUUCAUCUGAGCUAUUUUUAUAAUUGCUUUGUUAUAUAACUGAGAAUGAGCAUGUAUGUCAUAGUUCUACCCUGGGCAUUGCAGUAGACUAGGCUUAUUCUCUCUCACACACACUCACUCUCACUCUCACACACAUGAAGGGGAUUCUCGUACGUUUGCACUCACUUGCUCACACCCUGCUUGCAUUGCUCAGCGAUGCCAGAUCUUUGUAGUGGGGAUGCAAUCCUGGAGAGAUUAUUUUUGCAAGCCCUGUAGUGCUUCUGUCACCUCUCCUCAGGAGGACAUGGAAUACAGGAUGGGAAGCUGCAUCGGAGUCGCACGCAGCCAGGCUGCAGUCCACACUGACAAGGUGAGCCCGCCGAAGGAGAAAUCUGCCGCCACUGAGAACGGAUCUGUCCACCCUGAGUCCAUCACAGCGGAGACACAGGUGACUGCUGACGAGGAAGAGAAGCCUGGAAGACAAGGAGAGGAGGAUAAAGAGGAGCUGGAGUUUCCUCAUGAUCUGCUGCCCAGCUUAGACCUCGACCUCAGUACUGAGCUCAAUCUCACCUGGGGAACCACACUUGGUGAGCAGGUGAGCUUGGGUGAUAUGAAGAAUGAGACUGUGGCACUGGGUGGCACUGCCAACCCUCUGCUGGCAGGCCUAGAGCAUUACAUGGAGGCCAGUUCACCAGUAGUGGGCCUCAUGAAGAGCUGCGAUGGUGACCAAGUUUCUACUGAAUCUGCAUCACUGACCCAGGUUCACUUGCCUAGUACACCUCAGCAAGAUGUUCCGUCUCUCAAUCCUUUAGUCCGAGUAGAUUAUGAACUCCAGGAAGCCUUUAAGGAAUGUGAAGAUGAAAUGGCAGCUCUUGGCAAAUCCUCCAUUAUUGACACAUGGACUGCAGGUGAUCUGAACAAGUGUUUUCCCUUAGUCCUGCCCGGAAGGGAUGAGAAAACUGAACAAACUAAAAUGUCUGAAGUAAAAGAGGAUUCAUUUGAUUCAUCUUCACAUAAACUUGCUGAAUUUCAUCAAGGUUGCCAUGGAAAUGAUGGAGCACACACAAAUGACUCAACAGCAGGUGAAGAGGGGGUGUUUAGCUUCAGAGAUUAUGUUUUAGGAAAGGAUCUAGGAAAUAUGUGUACAGCUGAAUCUAAGGAUGUCAGAAACAUCAAGAAUAUAACAGAAAACCCAAGAGAAGAAUCUAGCCAGCUGUCAGAGGCAGAACAGCAAACAAAGUCAAUUAUUGAGCCAAAAAUAGACACAGCUGAGAGCAUAGCUGUUCAACAAACAACACAUAGCACAUGGACAGGUACACAAACAGCAUCAGAGAAGGAUGUAGCAAAGGAAGCACUUACCCCAGAUCAAUCAAUACAAGAUGCCUGCAAUUCGAAAUGCUCUCUGGAUGAUGUUGUAGGACUCAGUGAAACAGUGGCUAUUAAAGAGGCAAAUCUUGUGAACAAAUAUGUCAUCAAUUCUGCAACAGCUACACAGAUGAUUGAAAAUGCAGAGAUGCAUAGUCAGAUGAUUAGUGAUUUACUGCCAUGUCCGUCCACGCAUAUGGAUAAACAUGCUGGUGACACGUGGGAUUCAGAAGCUAAAAUAAGUGUACAACCAAACAUACAGAAACAGGUGGAGUCAGGGACACGGCAACAGAUAAGUGAAGAGAUAAAAACAAAGACAAAUGUAGGAUCAAGCCUUGAGAAUCAAAAACAGGAAUUACAACUUCCAGAACAGCUGUGUCGUGAGGAUAAACAAUUGAUGUGGUCCCCACCAUCAGUACUCGAGGUUCACCAAGCUCAUCUUACUCUGGCUGAUAAUCUUUCAGCCAAAAUACUACACCCUCUGCAGGGGCUUCAGCAACAUGAUGACCAGGAUCAGACAGAUGGACCCUACAAAUCAAUAUCAGUAGUUGAAACCAUAUACCACUGUACCACCGGGGAAGUCAAACAUGAGAAAAAUGUGUCUGAUGCAUCUGCUGUUGUGAUUGAUUUCUGCAAAGCUAAAACAGACUCUGAAUAUGAGCCCAAAGGGAGAUGUGACUUAGAGAAACAGCCACCGGAACAGGAGAAUGGACCUCUUUUAGGCGGUGGAGCUGGCACACACGCACCAGUGUGGGGGAAUUCACACUCUCCAAGCCGAGCUCGUACAGAAGAGGAGGAGGAGGAAGAGAGUGCCCUUGAACGGGCUUCAGCAGAGUCCGCUGCCUCCACAUUGCUACAAACAACACCCACAAUGCCAGAAAUGAUAGAAAGUGAGGGAGAGAAGAAGAGAGAUGAUGCAUUUCAAAGUGCCGCAAUAAUAGUACAAGCAGCAGAGAGAGAAUCGGCAGUGCUGGACACGGAUGAGUCUCCAAGCUCAGAGGGAACGCUGAGUGAAAUUACUGCUGAAGAGGGGCAAGAAUGCACCUUAUUAAUUUUUCCGAAGAUUAAAUGCUCACCUGUUCAGAUAGAGGAGACGACAGAGGAGAGCUGUGGCAAUAAAAUAGCCCCAAAGAAGUCGACGGAGAACGAGAAAAAGGGAGGGGGUCUGCCGACUGCACUCUUUCUAGCCGGAGACAAGGAUACAGGCACGGUUAGCACAGAAGAUAAAGCAGCGGUCACCUGUUCCUCUCCAGGCAUCCUUGGGACAUGUGACUGGAAGGUGGAGAGUUCCCUAUCAAAAGAGAAAAAAGGAGAGAGUGAAAAGGAGGAGAAAGAGACAAGCGAAGGCGGAGCAGAGAACGCAGCACAUGCCGGCAGGGUGUCACAGACAGAGACAGUGAAAGAGACGUGUCCAUCCCAUCGCAUCACAGCAUCACAAACGGCACCAGAAGACAGGAGUGACUUCAUCCAUCCUGUCACAACAGGCACAGCCCUGUUUCCUCUGACCAUCAAUCGAAUAAACGACUGCGACUCCAUCAGCCCACCCCCUCCUCUUUCCCUCAUAAACUCUACAGAGGCUGAAGCGCAGAGAGAGGACAAGGCUAAUCAGAAUUCGAGCCCAAGUGCAUCAGGAGCAGAACUGCCAGGCAGUGAUUUAUUACUUCCACCAGCAAAUUCUUCAAAAAGCGAAAGCCUUGCUGUGCAAGCCAACAAUCAACAGGUACAGAGUGCUUUACAAACUAAAUCCGCAAACUGUGACACAUCCAUCAAGACUGAGUCACAGCAACAAAAACAAGAAACAAUUCUUACAAGAGAAGACACAUCUCAAUCAACUAAUCUGCAAGAGAACAUGAGGGAUAUCACUGGAUGUUGUACUAAAAUGGAAGGGCAUUUGCCUUCGAAAGGUUUGCAGAGCUCUUUUAAGGACCAAAAGGAUGCUGCAUUGACAUGCCAAAUGACUGAGUGUGCUUCUCUGCCCCCACUCAUGGUAUUUGAAAGUUUGCGUCAUCCAGUAAAAGAGGCUAGCUUCAACUUUGUAGGUUUUCUCAGCAUCAGCAAAGCAGAACUUCCAUCUCAGACAGAACCAGAGGUGGCUCAAAGAACUACUGUACUGGAUGCAAUAGCAGAGGAGGAAUCCAGUGUGAAAAAUGAAACAUCUCAGGAAGAAUGUAAAGGGGAAGAAAAUUGUCAACAAAUAGCAAAAGUGGAACAAGAGGAAAUAAAGAGUGAAAAGCCGAAGAACUGCACAGAAACAACAUCUCAGGAGCAGGGUGAGGCUACUGUAAAUCCUGAAGAAAAUGUUUAUGUAAAUAUGGGUGGUUGUGAAGAAAGUGGAAAAGUGACAGAUGAAACUCCUGAUGCCAGCAAGAGUAAUCCUGUUAAAUUUUCAUCACUGUCAACUGCAGAUGAGACCGCCGGUGUUACAGAAACAAAGGAUGUGGGUAAUGAAACUCGAGAGGAAAUUAAAGCAAUUAAAGAGGAGGAAGAAUAUAAAGAAGCUUUGAAUACAACUCAAAUCAGUCACAAUGAGUCAGCAUCCUCUGAAAAGAAUAGUGUUUUAUUACAGGAUGUUUCAGAACAAGAGGGUCAUAAUUGCAGCCUUGCUGUAGAUCUUGUGCAUGCUGACAAUGCUGUCUCUGCAAAAGUUGAACAGAUAAACCAAAUUGAAGAGACAGAUGAAACAAAGGGAUAUGGAUUACCCGAAGCAGGUGGUAUAGAAACCAAAUUUCCCAAUAAUUCAAAGAAUCUUGUGAAUGACAGUCAAGGAAAGCAGUCAAAAUACACAUGUGAAGAGGGGUCAGAGGUAAAAACCAGCUUAUUGCCUCAAACCGCAGUCCUAGACGCAGACAGCACUUAUCAAGACAAGAAUUUUACCACCGAACAGCCCACUGAAACCUCAGAGAUGCCACUUUUGCCAAAAGUAGAUACGUAUGCAGAUGUUGAGCCAUGUCAGACUGAAUCACAGUUCAGUGCUGAAAUGAUGAAAAGUGAUGGAAUGGAUGCUGAGGAUGAAGCAGUCCCCUCUCUUACUGCAGUGGAGAUUACAGUGCCAGCACAAAGGGAUCUUUCCUCAUCAACCACACAAAGCACUAACAGUGUUGCCAGGGAUGUGUCUGUCAUUGUACUAAAGGCUCCAGGCCCAAUGCUGAGUCACUGUGAGUCUAUUAGUGAUUGUGAUAUUGCUGUAGCAGAAACUAGAGAGCAUUGCAGUGUAAAAUGCGUUUGUGAGUCUGACCCAGAGAUUGUAAAGAAUAUUGCAGACAAAACUAAUCUAGAUGCUAACGAAGACAUGUUAAGCAAACAAAAUGCCAAUCACCCGCCAUACACUGUUGGUGCCUCUGCACAGGAAACUGCAGCAUCAUCUGGAUCCCUUCUUCUCACAACUGACAGACCAGAACAGGCAGGUGGUUCUCUGCUAAUGUCAAAGAAACCAGAUAUUGUUGGAAAUACGAAGAUGAAAGAGAAUGAAGAAUUUAACGACACUGUGCAAUUGAAGAUUGUUAGAGAAGAGAAGAGAAAAGCAAAUGCAAAUUCUAAACUUGAGGAUAAUUCAUGCAAAGCCCCUACAAGUGUUAUAUCAGAUGAUGAAGUUGUUAAUAAAGACACAUCUGAAGGUAGGCAAGUAAAGAGAGAGGAGCACAACAACAACUGUGCAAAAGAUACUCAAGAAAAAGCCAGCUCAAAACAAGAAGAAAGUAUCUCUCAAGAAGACGGAAAUGAACAGAAAAAUAUGGAGCAGGACAGAUGGAAGGAACAAGAGGAAAUGGCUUUUAGAGAGCUGAAAGACAGCAGAGAAAAAACAAAUACUUCUGAAGUACCCUGUGCUGAUAAAAUGCUUCAUUCCCAAAUUACACUGAUAAAACAACAAACUCCUAAAGAUGACAUCAUAUGUGAUUCUCUCCUGAUGCCUUUAGAGGACAAACUUGGAACACGUAUGUCUGAAGAACCUGUCCAACGUGUGUCUGUAGACAAUGUAAAAAUAAAGACAAAUUUAUCUGAAGCAUUCAGGCAGGGAAUGAGUGAAGAAAAAAACAAGGAAUGUGUGCAAGAACAUGAGAAUUCCAUCACAGAAAAUGACAGUAAAGAAUGCACAAAUAAUUCUCAAAAACAAGAUGAGAGUGUAAAAGAAAAUAUGGAUCAAACUCGAGGAGAGAACCAGACAUUAAUGAAGCUCUUCGAAAUACCAGAAGAAAAUCUAAUAAAUGAAACUAUUCCAAAAGGAAAAUUUCUGUCCAGUUCUGUGCCUGAUUCUGGUGUAAUCUUCAAAGGCACUAUAGAAAAGACUGUGGAUCACAGUGGGCCACCAACUGAAAAAUCUCUUCCAGUCAUUGAUCAGACUUCGGUGGCUUUGAGACAGUCAGAUUUGGCAUUUCCACAGUCCCAAGAGCUCCAGCAGCAACAAAUGUUUAUCAGUGCCCCAGAAGCAGUGUUAAGUCUGGGUAAAAGCUGUGCAUUAAAAAAUGCUGAGACCAAUAAUCAUGCAGAUGCUGAUGCAAGUGAAAAACAGGAGAAAGUGACUGUGUAUUGUAGUGCAGAGGCCAAAAGUUCCCCAGACAGCACAUCAGAGAGUGCUGAACUAGUGGAGGGCCAUCACAGAGAUUUUAAUGUUGACAGUAUUUGUCCACAGAAUGAAGAUCUUAGUAUACCAACAAAAGAACUAAGAGGUGAGAAAUCUCAUGUUUGUGGUGAGAGCACUUUAAGUGAAACCCAAACACAACCAGCUCCUAACUUGCCUGUGAAUGCAGUGUCAGGAUCUGAAACUUCCGAAUUCAAAAGAGUUAUAAAGGCUCUCGAGGUUAAACAGUUUGUCAUCUCAGCAUCACAGGAAAGUGUGAAUAAACAUGCAGACUGUUCCAAUUCACAGGUCAGUGCGGAUGAGUAUGGAAAUGUGUGGAACAAAACCCUUGCGACUAAGAAAGGAGCAGAACUUCCUGUAAGUCACUCAAGUGGGCUCUCUGCAAGUCCCAGCGUCUUACACUAUGAAGAAGGAAUUAAAACAGACGAGCAUUAUUUAGACUUUGUUACCCCUGGAGACACUGGAAACACUGAGAUCAGACCUGAUUCAGUGAGUGAAGUUGCACAGAUGUCUGCUGCAGAACCUUCCCAGCUUCAGCAGGAGAAAGAGUUAAUUUUUCAGCCUUCUGAUGCUCAGUGUUCCAGUGACACAGCCCGUUUUUCUGCCACUGCUCUCGAGGAAAGUAUUAAAGAAGAAAAAGAGAUAAGUGUGGACCAGGCCUCUAAAGAUGCAUUAAAACCCAAUGCUCCUAAUUCCACUCCCGAAUCCGAGACAGCUGCCUGGAGGAUGGAGCAGCUUAAUAAGCAUUUGUCAGAGCAAUUCCCAGACGGCACCCAAAACACAGAGAAACAGCAUACACUGUGUUCUGAAAAGCAGCUCACGCAGCUACAACAUGCAGUAACUUGUUCAGGCACUGAAAACCAAAUUGGUACUAUGAAAGCAGAAGACACCUUUUCAAAUGACAGACAAGAACCACAAGGAAUUCAAGAAGAGACAAGUAAACAGAUAAAUGAGACCGCUGAAAAAUGUCACAUGGAACUCUCCAAAGGGACUGGACCUAAUUUGUCAGAGAAUGUAGGGAAAGAAAGCAUGUCCAAAGAAAACCAAAGCAAGGUAGAGGCGCACUCUUUAUCUGCCUCAGAGGAAUCAAUAGUCUGUAAUGUUGACCAGCCAAUAGAAAUAGCAACUGAUGGGGUUUUGAUUGAAAUGGACCAAGUUGUGUCAUUGUUAUGCCCUGAGACUGCUUCCUGCGUAGUGACUUAUCCCCAGGAUUGCCUUCAACCUCCUUUCACAGUCAAUCAACAGUCAAUUGAGCAGCAUAAAAGCUCCUCAGAUACACUUAAAAGUGGCAGUGAGGAACACCCUGAAAUAGCAAAUAGCUCUCCUGCAAAUGCAAAAGCAAUACAGAAAGAUGACAGUGAAGCUAGUGAAGAAAAAGUCAACAUGGUGUCACAAGCUGCAGAUGAUGGGUUACUGGGUUCAGGCCCAGGAGCAGUGCAGGUUAAAGACAGUACAGACACCCAGACAGACAGUACAGACAGUGCAAACUUUGUGCCUGAGAGGUCAAAUAAAGUCAACUCUUCUGAAGGGUCUGAUUGGCUCAGAGUUCUAAAGGAGGCAGCCUCCAUGUCUCAGGUCAUUCCAGAGCACAAAGACGAGACUACAUGUGGAUCUACAGACAACAGACCAUUUGAGAGCUUCGGUUCGCCUCAGGCAGAGCUAGAAUUCCGAACCCCAACAGGGGAGUUUUUACCCCCUGCUCCUGAGGAGAGUUUCCCCCCUGGUCCUGAGGAGACUUUCCCCCCAGCUCCUGAGGAUAGUUUCCCCCCUGGUCCUGUGGAGAGUUUCCCCCUUGCUUCUGAGGACACUUUCCCUCCUGCUCCAGAGGACAACUUUCCACCUCCACCUGAAGAGAGUUUUCCACCUGUACCUGAGGAGAUUUUUCCCCCUGCACCUGAGGAGAGUUUUCCCCUUGUAACUGAGCAACCAGAAGAAGCAUCAGACUGCAGGUCUCCUCUGUUAGAAGCUGCAGAGUGGAGUGAGCCUGUUCCCUCUCCCUCAUCACUCCCACCACAGCACAGCUUUGCUCCUGCCCUCCCUGCACACCUUCUCCAGGACACACUCGAGUUCCCCACACCGCCCCCUACCCCUCCAGACAGGGCUCCCGCCGAGCCUCAGACCUUUCCUCCUGCUCCUGAUCCCUCCGAUCUACCCCAGAUUUCCCCUGACUUCCCACUGCCUCCUCCAGUCCAACAGCUCCAGCACUCUGAGCCUUCAGCAAGGAGCUCAGACUCAGACGGAGCUUUCGAAACCCCAGAGUCUACCACUCCUGUGAAGUCCGUAUCCCCAUCAGUGCCCCCAACAGAGCACCCCUACACCAGUUCGGAGACAUUGUCCCCUAAACACACAGCUUCUUCUUCUGACGUCCCUGCCAGUGAAGGUGAAGACCCAUCACUCCAUAGAUCUCCCAGUCGCUCUGAUUCGACAGCCUUUGAUGAGGACAAACCAAUAGCUGCUAGUGGCACCUACAACCUAGAGUACUUAAUCUCUAAUGACCCUUUUCCAGAAUCAAAUUUUGGUUCUGGAUCAAGCCGAGCACCUCUCACCCGCUCUCAAAGCCUACAGUCUGGUGAGUUAGAAAGCCCAGGAAACAAAUCCCCAGGAAUCUCCGACAAACCCAUUCACCCACGAACAGAGUCUUUUAACAUAGGAACAGAGAGUGCACCGGGAACCCUUCGUAGAGUGAAGAAGCCCCGUCCAGGUUCUCUGAAGAAGAAGCCUCUCUCCAGACAAAACUCAAACCCAGAGCGUUCUUCUCCUAAAACUGUGUCCUCCAGCAGCACUCCUGAACAGAAAAAGAGAGGGAAACCCCGUCCUGAAAGCCCCUUGCAAACCCAAGAUAAGCCUAGUUCUUCUCCUAGCCCUAGUCCUAGUCCUGCUGGUACCCUACGCAGGAACAGGGGAAAGUCUCAAGUAGAGAGUUCUCCACCUUUGGCUGAGGAGAUUACGACCACCUCAAUAUCAGCUCAACCCUUACUGGAACUACCUGAUCCAGUACCAGAAGCUUCAACUGUCCCUGACGAGGAGUCUCCUAUCCUUCCCAGUGCCUCCUACAAAUGGGAUCCGGAUAACUUUGAAAAUAUUAACCCAUUUAGUACGGGAGGCAGUAAGAUUGCCAAUUCGCCAGUCUUAGGCAGGAAGGCUGACUUUACAUCAGUUCAAGACACCCCUGCUGCUCUGGAACAGCCCCGUGCCCCUUCCCCUGCUAAAGCGCAACCCCUAAACGUUGAGGAACAGCCAAUCCCCAAUCGUCAACCAGUCAGACUGGAGUUUGACUAUUCAGAGGACAGUGGAGAGGCAUCACGCAGCACUCCUCCUCCCAAAAACCUGGGCAAGAAACCAGGUGCCAAGAUGCCAAUCCGAAAGCCUAAACUAGGGAUAAAGAAGGCCCCUCCACCCCAAAUGGAGCAGAUAGACAAUGCACCUCUCCCAGCACUUUCAAAUGACAAUGACGAUAUCCCAAUCCCCAAGGCAUCAUACAACUUUGACCCCAGCAAGUGGGAAGACCCUAAUUUUAAUCCAUUUUCUUCAAACACUGGUAUCCCCAAUUCUCCAGGUCUUUCUAAAGGAUCAUACAGCUUUGAAUCAGACUCCUUUGAUGGCUCAAUCAGUCCCUUCAAAUCAUCCAGCAAGAUUGGGAACUCACCCCCGAAAGGUGCCUCUUUUGACCAGACCAGCAAUGAUAAUGAAAAUGACAAUGAUCACAUUGUUGAGCUGGAGGAUCACAACCAGAACAAACCUGCCAAAACCAAGAAGAAGCCUCUCAAAUCUAACACUUUUAGAGUGAAGAAGUCUCCAAAGAGGACUCAGAUUCCUGAUCCGCCAGCACAAGUAAGUCAAGAUUGUUGUCCUGUGUGUUCUCCACUCUCGCCCACCACUUCACACACACAUCAUCACCUGCAGGAGCACUCGCCCGAUGCAGAUCCCGACCCUUCUCAAGAUCAUGCCACAGAUGAGGAGAAACUGGCCUCCUCCACCAAUCAGAAAUGGACUAGACAUGAUGUGGAGGUGGAGCUGACCUCUGGCCCCCAAGAUUUCCCACAGCCGACCGACUUCACAGCUUUUGUCAAUGAGAACAGUUUUUCACAGAGUGAUGUUACAGACUAUGAGAUUGAAUACAUGGAGAAGAUUGGCUCUUCUGCACCUCCUCUGUCUGGGAAGAAACCAUCACUUUAUCUGAAACUUGACUCUGUGACAGAAAGUACAAAGAGCACCUCCAAUAUGAAUGAUUCAGAGCCCAACUCCCCCUGCACUGGGAGCUUUGAGGAGAUGGAGGCUCAGAUUUCGCAGGGUAAAUCCCCAGUGCUGCCACCACGUGGCACUCGUGAGCCUAUGACCUCAGACAAAAGCAGAAAGAGGGACAGUCAGUCUCAGAGUCGAACGCAGAGCAAUGAGAGAGAUGGAGCGUCCCCCAUCCAGGGCCCCAUGGACCCCUCAGAUCUGCCUCUCUUAGACAGGUUGUCUGAUUCACCUGCCCCUCUCAGCUACCUGGAGCCUGAUCUGGCAGAGACCAACCCCACUGCCUUCGCCCAAAAACUGCAGGAGGAACUGGUGCUCGCAGCCCUGAGGAUAGAGGCUCUACAGGUAGCCAAAAACAUCUCUCAGAGCCCCACUUUGUCCACUGUGUCCCCCCAGUCUCGCCUCAAGAAGCCCAGUCCACGCCUCUGGAAUAUCAACGGUUCUCACAUGGCUAAAACUGCAGUCAAAUCCACACAGACAGAUAGAAAACUCUGUCGCAGGACGUCUCGUAUUCCACAGACGGAAAUAGCCUCACCAGGGGACAGCAGCGUUUCGAAGGGCUCCCUCUAUUCCCGAACAGGAUACAUUGAAGGGGAAAGUCCUCAUUUGCCACGUGACAUGGACCACUCUCUGGGCAUCGCCCGAGAAGAGAUUGUUGUGAAAGAGAAAGAAGCCAUGGAGUGGAAGAGGAAAUACGAGGAGAGUAGACGGGAGGUGGAGGAGAUGAGGAGGAUAGUCAUGGAAUAUGAAAAGACCAUUGCAGAGAUGAUCGACAAAUCUUUCGUGCCUCCGGACCCAAACACCGGCAUGCCUGAGGGCGAACAGAGGGAGAAGUCUGUGUCUCACCACACUAUCCAACAGCUGAUCCUGGAGAAGGAUCAGGCUUUAGCUGAUCUCAACUCGGUGGAGAAAUCUCUUGCUGACUUGUUCCGUCGCUACGAGAAGAUGAAAGAUGUUUUGGAAGGUUUCCGCAAAAAUGAGGAUGUCCUAAAGAAAUGUGCGCAGGAAUAUCUGUCUCGUGUUCGUAAGGAGGAGCAGCGCUAUCAGGCCCUAAAGAUUCACGCUGAGGAGAAACUGGAUAAGGCAAAUUCCGAAAUCGCUCAGGUGAGAGCCAAAGCCAAGCAGGAGCAGGCAGCGCAUCAGGCCAGUCUGAGGAAAGAGCAGAUGAAGGUGGAUUCACUGGAGCGCACACUGGAACAAAAGAACAAAGAAAUCGAGGAACUGACCAAAAUUUGUGAUGAACUGAUUGCCAAGAUGGGGAAGAGCUAGCUGUCCAUUCAACAGUGUUCAGUCCAAACAACAAAGAGACAACAACAACGACUGUAAAGAUGGAGUAGCAGGACCAACGUGUCCGGUAUUGUUUGUUUCUCUUUCUAAUGGACAGAACCAUGAACUAAACGAACAAAAGGAUCUCACACUACUGACUUCUUCACAUAAACUGGAGUCCCAUUGACUGGGAGAACACACUAGAUUCUGGCUGUAAUUAUUUUCUCUGCAUUUUGAUGUAUUAAUGUACACCAACUUACCUAUGUUGAGGGUCUUGUGAAAGUGCUGCCCAUCAGUAGAGACUUUUUUUGACAGUCUGUAUAGCUCACACGCACACAAACAGAGAGUAUGUGUUUAUAGUGAGUCUGAAGUUAUGAGUGUCUUUGCCAUGACAACCACUGAUGGAGCCGACUGUUAAACUGAACCCUGUCCUACCCUCUUCUUAACUUCAAAACACCAGAGACGAUAUAAAUAUAUAUAUAUAUAUAUAAUAUAUAAUGUAAAACAGAUCAUUCAGUUGUCACAAAGUGGUAUUCAUGUUCAUGAAAAAAACAUGCAUGUCGUAGGCCUUGACGGUUUUGUAAAUAUGAUUAAAAAAUGACUUGAAUAUAGUAAAGGAACACAACUGCAGAUUUUGAUACUGAUCUGCUUCCUUGUGUAUCUUUGUAGAUACUUGUUGUUCAUUUGAUUCGUUGUCUUUUAGCAACACUGAUGUGCGAUUUUAUUUUUGGAUUUUAUUUUGAUAUAUAAAAGAACCCACUCGCCGCUGUCAGUGGUUCUGAGCUAAUUUAAUCUGAAUGGUUUUGUCUUAGUCUUGCUAAAGCUGAUGUUUCACACUGUCAGUUGUGCAGGACAUGCUUACAACGUGCAAUAAAAGAUGGCAAUACAAAUAA